AGGAAACAUAGUAGUUAGAGUCAUUGCAUGCUUUCAACCUCUCCAAGAUUGCCAGGCUGAAUAUUUUCGUCAAUUGUUGAAGCCCGUCACGUAGAGUAGCUAGAUAUUUCUCCUUCUUAUUUCAAGCCUUAAUUUCUUCUAUUCAUUAGUUGUUGAUUUGUUUAGUGUUGGAUGGGACAAGAUCGUGGUUUGUGGUUUCCUAGUCAGCGGUUAAGCUCAUUGACUUGCCUACCUCUGUCUCAUCUCGGGAAGCAAGACUUGAACUUAGUAUCUAAAACCUGCGGCGACAUGUUUUCUACUUGUGGAUCUUAUCCAGUUUCUUCUCAAUCCUAUUUUGAUGGCUAUUAUGGUUGGGUUCAUGGACCAUCCCACUUGCAGCAGCAGUUCUUGCCUCCUCUAAAUAAAUGUAUGAAGCAUGUACCUCUUAAAGUAGACGGUGUUAUAUCUAAAGCUGAUGGCGGCGAAUGUAGUCAGAAGAGGUUCCUAGUGUUUGAUCAGUCUGGUGAUCAGACGACUCUGCUUGUUACUUCCGAUAUCCGGAAAUCUUUUGAGACCCUUAAACAGCCUGUCUGUCCUGAUAUGAAGGAAGAAAUCCAAAGAAGCAACAAAGAUUUGUUUGUUUGUCAAGGAAUGCAUGGAAAUAGCGAACCGGAUUUGAAAGAGGAUACGGAAGAACUAAAUGCUCUGCUUUACUCGGAGGAUGAGAGUGAUUAUUGUUCUGAAGAAGAUGAGGUUACAAGCUCAGACCAUUCCCAAAGCAUUGUAGUAUCAGCCCAUGAGGGCCAAGAAUCAUUAAAUGAUAAAAAGAGAAAGACACUUGAGAGCUCAGCGCCUUUUCUUGAAACCUCGAAUGAGAUUAUGCGGGGCGCUGAAUCGAGCUGUGGUAGUUGUGACAAUGACAACACAGAGAUUAGUUUUUUAAAACGUUUGAAGCCGUCAAGCAAGAAGAUAGGAGAAGAGAAGAUAUUUGAGACUGUAAGCCUCUUGCGCAGUAUAGUCCCCGGGGAGGAGCUGGCGGACCCAAUCUUAGUCAUCGAUAGAGCCAUUGAUUACCUGAAAUCAUUGAAGAUGGAAGUCAAAAAUCGAGGACAUGGGACUCUUUGUACUGACAAUCACCAGCUUCACUGGUUGAUAGCCGCUAUGGCUGACGACCAGAACAUAGAACUACCAACCAACAUUGGUGCAGGCGACGCUCCACGCAACUACAAUCGGCGUAAUGGCAUUAUGCCUCCACCAGUGCAGAACAACAACUUUGAGAUCAAGAGUGGUCUCAUUGCUAUGGUUCAGAGCAACAAGUUUCACGGCCUCCCCAUAGAGGAUCCACUCGAUCACCUUGACGAGUUCGAUAGGCUCUGCAGCCUAACAAAAAUCAACGGAGUCAGUGAAGAUGGAUUCAAGCUCCGGUUGUUCCCAUUCUCUUUGGGUGACAAAGCACAUAUCUGGGAAAAGAAUCUUCCACAUGGAUCCAUCACAUCUUGGACGAUUGCAAGAAAGUCUUUCUUGCAAAAUUCUUCUCCAACGCAAGAACUGCUAGACUCCGCAAUGAGAUCUCCAGUUUUGCACAAAAGAAUGGAGAAAGCGUAUGUGAAGCCUGGGAGCGUUUCAAAAGCUACACCAACCAAUGCCCUCAUCACGGCUUCAGUAAAGCCUCUUUGCUCAGCACUCUUUACAUAGGUACUCUUCCACGGAUCAGAAUGCUUCUAGAUACCGCGAGCAAUGGGAAUUUC